AUAAGCACUAAUAAGGCUUAGCAUGGAUGGGUUACAUUCCGAUACAUUCCGAUACAAGAAACACACAGCAAAAUCAAAUGGCUUUGCAGUGUAUUCCACCCCGAUACAAAGCGAUACACCACGUGUCGUACAGUUUCAUCAACACAGCCCUGCGCCCAUGCAUGGCCGAUGCAUGAGCUUCUGCACAUUAGAGGAUAUUGCUUGACAGAUGACAAAUUGAGAAUGUAAGCGCAGGUGCCGAAAUAUCCGUUCGGAUUAAUAUAUAAGACGCGCCAGUCUGUAUUCUGAGAGAGCAGUCACAUACGACGCUCGAGUCAUCGACAUACCCACAUCAAGGGAUACACACCAGUCAACAGAACCAUGUCCGACUCGAUCAAAACCGACGUCUUCAUUGUGGGAGGAGGCCCUGUCGGCCUUCUGGUCGCUUACAGUCUGGCUCGACAAGGCGUUGACUCGCUUCUCGUUGAACAACACAACAAACAACAACAAGCCAUGUACGGCCGCGCCACGACCCUCUACCCGCGCACUCUGGAGAUGCUCGACCAGCUGGACCUCCUCGAAGAACUCAACCAGAUCGGCUUCAUCGGCCGAAACAGCGUCACCUACAAGGACGGGAAGCGCGUGACGUCCCGUGGAUGGCACGCCAUCUUUGAGCAGAUGAACGGGACCUUCCGCGACUAUGUGUUGAAUAUUCGUCAGAAGUACUCCGAGAGCGUGGUGCAGGGGGCGUAUGAGAGGGUUGGUGGCGUGCCAUAUAUUGGCUGGAAGUUAGAGGGGUAUACCGUUGAUGAGGACGGGGACGGGGAUGAGUAUAAGGUGAAGGCGCAGAUUAGGGAGGUGGAGACGGGGAGGGUGGUGAAUGUGAAGAGUAAAUACAUCGUUGGCGCAGACGGUGGUCAGUCGCUGGUGAGGCGGCUGGCGAAUAUCCCGUUUGAAGGCGACCGGUCGGAUUUCAAGUGGGUGCGGAUCGAUGGGUAUUUCGAGACGGAUAUGCCCGAUGCGGAUAUCGGGUUCGCGUCGAUCGAGUCACAGAGUCAUGGCAAUGUCCUCUGGGUGCAGCUGGACCAUGGAGUGAAGCGCAUCGGGUUCGCCAUGACGGAGGAGAUCCUCGCGAAAUACGGCGGGACGCUCACGGAGGAACAGGCGAGGGGAGAGGCCGUCGAGGCCAUGAAGCCGUUCAAGUUGGAAAUCAAGUCGGUCGAGUGGUGGACUCUGUACAGUAUCAGCCAGCGCGUGGCCGACGUUUUCUUCAACAAUGACCGUGUCUUGCUGGCGGGUGAUGCUUGCCAUACGCACUCUUCAGGAGCCGCCCAGGGUAUGAACACUGGGGUCCACGACGCCGUCAACCUCUCGUGGAAGCUCGGCGGAGUCGUCAAAGGCUGGUAUACCACCGACGUGCUGCAGACGUAUAACAGCGAGCGUCGACCAGCCGUGCAAACGCUCAUCGAGCUCGACAAGGCGUUCUCGGCGGUGAUUUCCGGAGAGGUCCCAGACAGCCAUAAGGGGGCGUACAGCGACGCCAACGAGCUUUUCACAAAGCUCUUUAACGAUACAAUCCAAUUCAACAUCGGCCUGGGCAUCUCCUACCAGGAGAGCAUCAUCAGCAAAGCCCCGUCUACGGGAAUGGUAUCAGCAGGCCGCAGAGGCCCCGACGCGUUGGUAUACGCGCCGGGCUCUCGUCUUCCGACUCGGCUGUUUGAUAGAACUAAGAACUGCGGCCAAUGGUCUGUCAUUAUUUUUGCCGGACAGCCGGCCGUGACGCAGAAGAUGCUGGCACCUGCCGUGGCGCGUUUGCAGGAAAUCGCAAAGACCCUCCCCGCUGGCAUGGCUCGUUUCCUCACGUUGGUGGCUCAGAGCGCAGCGGAGGGCGACAUGAUGUUCAAUCUUCCCAGGAUGGGCGAUGUGUAUUAUGACCAGGAUCGAUCCGCCCACUCGGCGUAUAGUAUCUCGACUAUGAACGGAGCGGUUGCCGUUCUGAGACCGGAUGGAAUGUUGGGACAUGCUGCGUCUUUGGGUGAUUUGGAGAGCGUGUCUUCGUUCUUUGAAGGUUUCACACAGGUUGAUGCAUAGGAUAGUUGUUUAGAUUGAUUCAAUGAAAUAGAAAGCGUUGAUUUUGGAA